UCAUUGCUCCAUAGUGAAUUUACUAAAAAAAAAUAAUAAUAAUAAUAAUAAUACACGUCCCACGUCUGCAUAGUUCACACAAGCACAUUUGACGCCUGCAAACGACUUCACGGUACAACGCUGGAGAGCGUAAUCACGCACAGUGACGUCAUGACGUAAACACACGCGGUGUUUCCCUAUCAGGAAGAGCAAUAGCGCGCAUUCACAAUAAACAUCAGGUUUGGUCGGGCCUGUAUCCAUGAGUGUGCUCUUGCUCGAGGCGUUCUAUGGCGGCUCCCACAAACAGCUGGUUGAUCUUCUCAAGCAAAGUGUUGAAGACUGUGUAAGCUUCACUCUACCUGCGAAGAAAUGGCACUGGAGGGCCAGAACUUCUGCUCUGUACUUCAUGCAAGCUGUUCCAGCAAGUUCCUCAUACAGGGUUUUGUUCACAAGCUCCGUUCUCAAUCUUGCUGAGCUUGUAGCCCUUCGGCCCGAUCUCGCUCAUCUUAAGAAAGUUCUCUACUUCCACGAGAAUCAGCUGGUCUAUCCAGUCCGCAAGAGCCAAGAAAGAGACUUCCAAUAUGGCUACAACCAGAUCCUCUCAUGUCUGGUUGCGGAUGUGGUGGCAUUCAACUCCUCGUUCAACAUGGAGUCCUUCCUCUCCUCCAUCUCCACCUUCAUGAAGACCAUGCCCGACCAUCGGCCCAAAGAUCUGGACCGGCUAAUCCGGCCCAAGUGCCGUGUCCUCCACUUCCCGAUUCGCUUUCCCGAUGUCACAAGGUUCCUCCCUGCACACAAACGUCUCAGGCAUUCAGUGCGGUGUGAUGAUAUCCACGUUCAGGCUGCUCAAAGCCACAUUCAAACAACAGGUCCAAGUUGUCCAGACCUCACGAUAGACUCUGAGCCACCUGAGAAUAUUGUCAAUGUGGCAGGGAUGCAGCAAUCCUUGAACCCCAUGAGUGUCACGCCCCAUCAAGAGACGGUGGGGAAUCAGCCAGUGUCCCGUCCGUGUGAUGAUCAGAGAGAGAAUCUUCGGCCACUCCACAUAGUCUGGCCACAUCGCUGGGAACAUGACAAAAACCCACAGCUGUUCUUCCAGACCUUACUGAAACUCAAAGAGCGACAGCUGAGCUUUGAAGUUUCUGUGUUGGGAGAGACCUUCGCUGACGUUCCAGACAUCUUUUCAGAAGCCAAAGAACAGUUGGUUGACCACAUCCAGCACUGGGGUUUCAUGCCCAGUAAGGAAGAUUACCUCAAAGCGCUGUGCCAAGCAGAUGUCGUCGUUUCCACAGCCAAGCACGAGUUUUUCGGAGUAGCAAUGUUAGAAGCGGUCCAUUGUGGUUGUUAUCCCCUGUGUCCGAAGGCUUUGGUCUAUCCUGAAAUAUUCCCUGCAACAUAUCUGUAUUCAACACCUGAACAGCUGUGCAAAAGACUACAAGACUUCUGCAAGCGUCCACAAUUAGUCAGACAACAUGUUAUUCAGGUGAAUAUCAGCGCUUUCUCCUGGGACACUCUGGGGGACGGUUUCAGAUCUCUGCUGAGAGCAGACGGCGACAUGAUGCUAACAGAGGAGCACAUAUCAUGACGUGACCACCAAGAAAUACAUUGUGAUUUAAAAUCCAGCCUCAUUGUUAAAGAGAGUUUAUGACCCGAAAAAACCUCUCUACCUCUCUGCUGUUACUCAAGAAAAACAUGAAUAUGUGAUUUUAAUGUCCUUGUGUGCCGGAAAAAAGCAACUUUAUAUUUGUGGUUAAUGGAAAAAAGAACAAAGUAAAAAUAAACAAUCAAAAAACCUGAAA